AUGAAGAUCACGAAGCACUGCUCCUCGACCUUCCCGACGACCGCUACUGGCUCCCUUGUUGGUAUGGACAACAAUGGUGUCCUCGAGGUCACGAACACUUUCGCCUUUCCCACUGUCGAUGUCGCCAGCGUUGAUAGCCACCAGAAUGACGCCUCCAGCCUUGCUGCCGCAGCCCCUCGCGCAAAGGCCAACAUCGUAUACCAGAAUGACAUGAUAAGACAUCUGAAGGAGGUCAACGUCGACGCCAACAACGUCGGUUGGUACACGAGCGCGACUAUGGGCAACUUCAUCAACCUCGGCUUCAUCGAGAAUCAAUACCACUACCAGCGGGACAAUGACCGCGUCGUGGCUCUGGUUCAUGAUGUCAGCCGUAGUUCACAGGGUGUUCUGAGCUUGCGCGCGUUCAAGCUGACGAACACUUUUAUGGCGGCUUACAAGGAGGGCAAGUUUACGACUGAUAGCCUACAAAAGUCCAAGCUCACCUACAAGGACAUUCUCGUCGAGUUCCCUGUGUCUGUCCACAACUCCCACCUUCUCACUUCAUUCCUUCACCAAGUCCCGGCACCCCCUGAGAACCCCGAAGUUCCUCUACCUUCUGCUCUGUCCGAUAUUGAGCGGGAUCCCGUCCAAAUCCCUCCCUACCCGUCGCUUGACGCCCUGGAUCUGUCGAUCGAUCCCUUCCUUGAGAAGACUUGCGAUUUGCUGCUAGACAGCAUCGAGUCCCACUACACAGACCUCAACAACCACCAAUACUACCAGAGACAACUUGCUCGCGAGCAAACGAAGAUCACAGCUUGGCAGACAAAGCGGAAGGCAGAGAACGCGGCCCGAACUGCUGCAAAGCAGUCCUUGCUGCCCGAGGAUGAGUGGCAGAGACUCUUCAAGCUGCCCCCAGAGCCCAGCAGGCUCGAGGGUAUGCUCAACGCCAGACAGGUUGAGCAGUACAGCAGACAGGUAGACGGCUUCACAGCAAAUAUCAGCGCCAAGAUGUUUGCAGUACGAGGUAAUUUGCUGCCGGAGUAG